UUGUUCCAAAGCCGCCUGAAAUAUAAUAAUCCGAAUCAGUGAAGUUGCAGUGAGCAAAAGAGCUGCAUUGUUUUCGUGACUUUGGGCAAUUCGAGCUGACUCAAAAAUGGCGGUAUUUGGGAAUUUACGGGUGGAUGCCACUCUUGCAUCUUACCAUCAACACCAUUUUCGAAGCUCUAUCCCACCUUCAAAGGUAGAUUUCAUGUGUUUCGUGAAUGGAGGAUCAAGGUUUUCCGAAAUCACACCAAAAUGGAAUGGAUUGACAAUUAAUAGUCGAAGCAUUGGCGGCCAAACUAAGAGACCAGCAGGGAUCAUGGGAGAUUAUAAGUUGUCUCCAAAUGCCGUUCGGGAAGGCGUUGAGAGCUUCCUCUUACAUGCCAUAAACAUGAGCUUCUUUGAGCGACUUAACUUGGCUUGGAAAAUAGUUUUCCCAUCUCCGGCAACUAGGAGGAGCUCGAAUGCAAAUAUAGCGAAGCAGCGCUUGAAGAUGAUCCUGUUCUCUGAUCGCUGUGCAGUUAGUGAUGAGGCGAAACAGAAAAUUGUCAAAAACAUCGUGCACGCUCUGUCAGAUUUUGUCGAGAUAGAAUCGAAGGACAAGGUUCAGUUUAGUGUCUCUACCGAUUCUGAUCUGGGAACUAUUUACUCCGUCACGGUGCCUGUUCGGCGGGUGAAGGCAGAAUACCAAGAGGAAAAUGAAGCUGGGACGAUAACAAAUAUCGAGUACAAAGAUACUGGAGACCGGUCUGGUUCGGUCGAUGUAAGGUUCGAUUUCUAUCUUCCAGACGAGUAGACACAAAUUGGCGGGUCUUUAAACCAUUUUGCAUUCGUGUGGUAUCUGAAUUAUCUUUUCUAAUUUCUUGAUGUUUGAACUGAAGCUUUAGGUAGCAAUGCAACUUUACACUUGUCUGUAUAUAUGGAAUUUUAAUUUGAGGUGAUUUUCUCGUUUGUCCUUUUUU